UCGAGGAAAUUAUCAGUUAACGUAUAUUUCUUGAGUCUAAAUGUACAAACUGUGCGCUGGAAAACAUAUAUAUUAAACAUAAUAAGGUCCAUCAACAUGGAAAAGAAGAGACAGGCAGCGAAUAUGAUAGUCAAGCCUCCGCCAGAAAGCGAGGAUAGCGAAAGGGACACCGGCGAGGAAAGUGAUAUAGAUACGGAUGAGGAUAAGAGUCGUGACAACCGUUGUAGGCUGAAGCAUUACCGACGACAGUUGAACAAAUUGUGGGAAAGUACAAUGAAAAUAGGAAAGAGAACUGAAGAAAUCAGCGAGGAAUGGAAAAUAGAACACGAACGACUGGAAAUGGCGAAUAACAAACUGACGGAACUAACCAAAAAGUAUAUGAACAACAACAAAGAUCGGAUAAUCAAUAAAGCUGAUGCAGAGAUAUUGCCCCGUGCACAGCUCGCCUCUAAAAUAGCCAAACCAAAGUCUAGCCCUAAAGUAGCCAUGCCUAAGCAUGAAACUAACCCAACCAAUGUUCCAAUGAAGACAUCGGAAACAAAAAAAAGUUUCAUCGUUGACCCUAAACAGAAGAAGAAUAUCAAGCCUGUUCAAAUGUCAUCCAAGGACGAAAAGAAGGCCACGUUCAAGAAGUCAACCUUAUAGACCGCACAUCUGAUAAUUCAAGAACAUAAUAAAAUGCCAUCGAUGCCAUCAAUCU